AUGCCCGGUCGCAAGACUGUGAGCCUAGCUGAGGCUGCCAAACGUGGCUACAGCAAGGAUAGCAGAUUGGCCAGGCGCGUGGCGCAUUUGCGCCAAGUAAAGUUUGCUGAUGCCACUACGCCCGGGAAGGAGACGGUGGUGUACGCAGCGCUGCGUGCGCUGUGGGAGGACAAGCUUGCCUCCGUCCAGGCUUCUCACCUGUUCUGCUUGUAUCUGGCUUGCUAUGUGGUGGCCCGAAUUUGCGCGGGGAGAAAGCAGUGGAUGAUGCCUACUGCUCUGGUUGGCGGGCUGCUGACGACAGACCUGUUUGAACGGCUGAUCCAUGCCGAGGUCCCCCGCCACGGCACUACAUUGAGAUCCUGCGUCAGGCAGAUGCAUCUACACUCAGUGUUCAAGACCGGCAUCGAUGUGUCCGAUCAGCAGCCAAGCGACCCAUUCAAUGACAUGGGCUGUCAGUGGUGGAGGCACUGGACCCAUACACCCUUGUCGCCUGAGCAACAGCGUCAUGUGCUUGCCACCAUGCUGUUCGUCCUGGCCACAAGGUCGCGAGACACACUCGCAUUUUUGCUAUCAAGGCCUGACUUUCUCCUUCGCAACUGCGAGUGCUUCGGCCAACUCUACGAUGCUCUCUACGCUGCUAAUCGCUUUCCUGGUCUUCAGGCUAACCGCGCUCGUAGCAAGCACACGUCCGAGCAAAAGACAUGGAGCGCAGAGCGCUUGUUGGAAGGAUUGCUUCGGCAGUUGUGGUAUGAGCCAGCGGCGUUGUCAGGAAUGUUGGCCGCUCAGACAGUGUCGCAGCUGGCGGAUGCCCUCGGACAUGUAAAAGGUUUUGGCGGGGAACUGGUUUUCAUACACACGCUCGAGUAUUUGCUGUCCUGGGACGCAGUGGCAGCGUUUCCAUUAUUUGGUAUUCGGAACUACCGGAAACAGCAGCUGACCCGUCACUGCCGACACGGAGCUAACAGCCAGGCUUUUCAACGCCUAGUUUGCGCACACCGCCAGCGACAGCAGGCGGCGAGCUGGGGCUACUCGCAGAUAUGUUCUGAAGUUCGCAAGUGGCUGCCGAGUGAAGUCACUUUUGGCCAUGUGAGCGUAGCUGUAAAGUCCGACUUUUGCGUCUCUGAUGCCAGUCAGAAUGCAUGUCAGGCCAUUGCCGUCUUGCAGUUUUUAUUGAGUGGAAAGCACGGCGGCAAGGAGCGUGCCGCCAAAGGAGCCGGAAACGCGCUUUAG